UAACCCGCUUCUGUAUCAAGCUUCUAGUCAUUGGAGGCGACCCAUGAAGAGAUGUCGUCCAGCGGGGAGUGAAGCGGGAGCCAUGAAUGCUGUGAAACCUGCAGAGGUCCACAACAGCAGUCCACAGGACGGACGGCGUCCUGAGCUCCCGCCGAGGCCCACACAGGCUCACGGAGACGACGGGCAGCAGGCGGAGAGGACCAACCGCGAAUCCAGGAAAGAUUCACCAGAAGGCAAGAAUGUGCUACAGUUGAGGCUUCAGCAGAGGAGGACACGAGAGCAGCUGGCAGAGCAAGGCAUCAUGCCUCUAAACCAUGGCAAGUUCCCCAAGCAGGAGGACUCGUAUGCUUUUGAGGAGGACAGCAGCAGCGAGAGUCUCUCUCCAGACCAGCACCACAGCGACGAGUCCCAGGGCUCGGCCUGCCCUUCGUCUGAGGCCGUCGGCAGCGCGGCCUCCUCUUCCUCCUCACCUGCCCUCACCAGCCCUCAACAGGGCGCUGCAAGCAGAGACCUGUCUGAUCCAAGCCAGGAGGAAGCGCUGUCUGCUGUCAACAGCAGCCAGGAUCCUCCCCCGACGCCGCUUCCUGCUAUCGCCAAGUCCAAGACGUCAGACAAGAACCGACACAAGAAGCCCAAAGAUGUGAAGCCCAAAGUGAAGAAGCUCAAGUACCACCAGUACAUUCCUCCGGACCAGAAGGCAGAGAAGUCCCCGCCGCCCAUGGACUCGGCCUACGCCCGCCUGCUGCAGCAGCAGCAGCUCUUCCUGCAGCUGCAGAUCCUCAGCCAGCAGAAGCACGCCCACACACACUCACAGACGCAACAGUCCCAGCAGCAGCCGCACACACACCCUCCCCAGACGCAGCCUCAGGCCCAGCAGAGACCCACCUUCAGCUACCAGCCUCACCCACAGGCCCACGCCCACAAGGGCACCAGUGAGCAGUCGUCGGCUUGUAGCUCCAGUGAUCCAUCCAGCACAGCCAACAGCAGCUCUUCCUCUCCGGUCAAGAACACGUUUCCAAACCAAAGCAGCAUCUCACCCGUCAAACCCGGGCCCCUGCCGGCUAAUUUAGAUGACCUCAAAGUUUCGGAGCUCAGGCAACACCUGCGCAUCCGCGGCAUGCCCGUCUCAGGCACCAAGACGGCCCUCAUCGAGCGACUCCGGCCCUUCAAGGACCCCAGUGUGGGUUCCUCGCCCACAAGGUCCUCCGACAUCACCACCCUGACCUUCCCCGUCACGCCGUCAGGGUCCCUGUCGUCCUACCAGUCCCCGUCCUCCUCCAGCACACUGUCGCAGGGAGGGUACUACCCUUACCCCAGCACCUCCUCCACCCCACCCAUCUCGCCCGCCUCCUCCGAUUUGUCUCUCAGCGGCUCGCUUCCUGACAGCUUCAGCGACGUGCCCAUGUCCUCGCCAACGCAGUUCGCCCUGCAGUCGUCCCCGGCACAGCUGGGCAUGGAGGACUGCCAGGGAGGGGGGGUGCAGCAGAGGCUGGGGGAGGGCGGAGGUGCUGACGGUCCGGAAGCUGAGAAGGAUAAAAUGCUGGUGGAGAAGCAGAAGGUGAUUGAAGAGCUGACGUGGAAGCUUCACCAGGAGCAGAGACAGGUUGAGGAGCUGAAGAUGCAGCUGCACAAGAGGAAACGCUGCUAUGGAGCAACGCAGGACGCCGCCCCGCCUCCGUCUCACCCCUCCAUGCUCCACCAGCAGCAGACUCCAGCCAUGAUGGGCCAGCACUUCUUUGGGGUGACAAUCAAGCAGGAGCCCAUGUCCCUGUCCUCCAGCUGCCCUUUGUCCUCCCCUAAGCAGCUCAAGAGCCCCCCCGGCAGCUGUAUGGAGGACAUGGGACACUGCAACAACCCUGUUGCAAACAUGGUGCCCCACGGCGGGCCGCAGUGCAUGGACACAGGCCCUUCCUGCGCGAGCCCUUCCACCAUGUCGGCCUUCCUCAGUCCGCAGUGCUCCCCGCAAGAUUCCCCCAUCAGGAAGCUCUCCAGCAGUUCACAACCAUCCUCCCCUAACAACCCCUACCUGCUGUCCCCCCCGCUGGGGAGAGACGGCUGCGGUCACCCCCACAACCACGCCAACGGCAGAGUAUGCAACAUGCAGAUGCAGCAGAGGGGCGGCGGCCAGCAGGUGAACCGCUCGUAUCCCCAGGUCGUCUUUCCUGCCUCAGCCGACUGCGGGCUGAACCACAACGACUCCGCCAAGGCCGAGGGCCAGAACAUGCAGCAAAAGAUGUCAGUUUUGCCGUCUCCUCGGCAUGUUGGCCAAAAGUGCCAGGUCUCUCCCCCUGCCUUCAGUAGCUCAGAUUCAGAUGCAUCUGACUUAAGACAGCCCCCAUGCUAUGAGGAUGCAGUCAAGCAGCAACUGACCCGCAGUCAGCAGAUGGACGAGCUCCUGGAUGUGCUCAUAGAGAGCGGAGAGAUGCCAGCGAAUGCCAGAGAAGAGAGAGAGAGGUCCUCUGUAACCAAAGUUGUGCCUCACAUUACUGUGUCCCCAGGGUGUCUCAUCCCGAGGUUCCACCGGCAUUACGAACACCCGUCCCUCAUCCAGCUCCCUUAUGACCACGCUGCAGGUCACCCCAGUGAGAGCCACCUGCAGACUCUUUUGGUCAGUCCCAUUGGGCGAGGAGGGGAGGUGGCCCCUCUUAAGAUGGCUGCAGACGACCGCGGUCAGGAAGUUGAAGGGAACAGAGACGUUGAAGGGUACAGCAGCCCCCACAACCACCACUGCCGCCCUCACCACCCCCAGCAGGACAAACUUCUGACCCACAGAGAUCUGAUGGACACCCCUCUGUCGCCCAUUAACAACAAGGUGCCCACGGUCCCCGAGGUGCAGGGGAUGGUCAGCAUGACCUUCAGUGAGACGCCGUGGGAGACGAUGGAGUGGCUGGACCUGACCUCCCCCAGCUCCGCCGCAGCCUUCAGCAUUGCUCAGCCCAGCGCUCCCAGCAUUUUUAACACGGAGUUCCUGGAUGUGACGGACAUUAGCUUGAACUCUGCUAUGGACCUUCAUCUGGAGCACUGGUGAAGGCAGUGCCGCCACCAAAGGGCUGGUUGCGCUAGCACCUGCGACCACAUUUAAGAACUAUUGAAACCUGCGCUCACAAGCGUCGGUCUAAGUGUGAGAGUUUUGCUCUCUUCUGUAAAACAGUGGAAUGUUACGACGACUCAACCGACUGCUAAAGGCUGACAGCCAAGUCUGAAGUGCUACUUCAUAACUCUGACUUCUCUUACUAAAAUGAUGCUCUCAUGCCGUUGUCAUACUCAGAAACCAAAGACCAGGUGCUUUUUUUUUUUUUUAUCCAGAUAAUUGUUGGCCUUUUUUUGGGCAACGAUGCGCACAAGUGCCAGAGACGUAUGACAGCGGACACAUGGAGGGUUUCUGUGCAGACACGAUGACGUGAUGCUUUAAGAUGUCAUCACUUCAUGCAGCUUCAGUAUUACACGACCUAGACUUGAAGACACGACGUGACAAUCAUUGUAUACUUUAUUGAGUCUUUAUUCACGUUACUGGAAAGAAAAAGAAAAACCCUAAAUGAUUUACAGUUUGAGUUGGGAUGCUUUCGUAGCAGAUCCGAGUUUAAUGCAACUAUGUGUACUGACGGACAGGCUGACAUGUAUAUUUCGUCAGUGCUGCGGGACGCAAACGACAGACCAUGUGUUUUAUGUAACCAGGGGCCUCAUUUAUAAAAGAGUGCGUAGGAUUCAUACUAAAAGUGUACGUGCGCUCAAAAGCCGAAAAUGGCGUGCGCACAAAAAAAAUCCUGAUUUAUAAAACCACGUGCACGCACAUUUAAACGCUAUGUUAGCUUCAUAAAUCACAGUCCACUUGGAAGGUUGCGCACGUGAAUUCGCCUCAUAUCCCGCCCUCUACACACCCACUUUCUACCAUCAAUGGUCAAUGCAAAGUACUUGAUGACUGUAUUUGCAUAUAAAUGAGCCUGCUGAUCAUGCGCAGCGGCUUCCUGCAGUCUGUUUCUGCUGUGCGUCAGGAUGAAUGAGACAUGCGUCGAGCCGGGCCACCGUGCCACUAAAUUCUACGGAGACCGAGAUGUUGUGGAUGAGGUGGAGGCCAGGAAAACGACAUUAUUUGGGGGUCACAGUAGUGGCACUAAUCACUAACAAAAAGAAAGCGAGUGAGUGGCAGCACGUCGUUGCUGCGCUAAACGCUGUGAGUGCCACGGACAGAUCUGUGGCAGAAAUAAAAAAGAAGUGGUGUGAUUUGAAGGUGGAGGCCAAGAGGGAUUGGCCCGGCACUCAUUUGUUAUGUCCUCAGUCACUCUACAGUUGUCAAGUUUGUAUAGAGAUACGCACAUUUUCCCGUUACGUGUUUUUUUAAAUCCUAACCUUUGCGUAGAAGGUGGCGUGCGCAUCUUUCAAGCCCUGUUUUGUGCGCACGCAAGCUUUAUAAAUGAGGCCCCAGUUCAUCAUUUGAUGUAAAUACGAUUUUUAGAAAAAAAAAAAAAACAAUCACUGCGCACCUCUAGCUUAACACACACUUGUCACACAUUGCUUGGGCUUAGAAUAUGUGUGUAGGAAUGGUUUCAUACUUUUAUACAAGUUUAUUUUCACUAUUUGUCAUAUUUUUCCACAGGACAACAUUAUGGAGAGAAAGCGAUGUGUUUUUAAAAGUUUUUGGUCUUAUUAGCAGACAGAGUGAGCCUUAUUUGCACAUAAGGCUCUGAAAAAGAAAAGAAAAUAGUCCCAUUUACUAUUUUGUAUUAAAUGAUUAUAUCCCCUUUUAGAAAGUUUCAACAUUUACCAAUUUUUCAUAAAAGCCAGACAUUCUACAAAAAGGAAGAAAAAAGUAAAUAUUUUUAAUAUAAAUUUUGUCUUUACUAAUGUCAUCAUUUCAUUUUUCCAGGUGAAUCACAGUUAUUUAUUUUGUGAUUUUUAUAUUUAUACUUGAUCCUGUAUUUAUGCUGACAUUCCUUUCAGACUGAUUGGGGCUCUUCAUUAUUUUUUUUUGUUUGUUUGUUUUGUUUUAUUUACCAGGUAACUAACGUUAUUGACCACUGAACACUUCACAAAUCAGUUUUCUUAAAAAUGUGAUGCAAAAUGAAGGAACCACUUUGAAAAGCUAUGCUUUCUAAAAAUCACUUUUUUCUUUAACCAUCAUAGUGAAUGCCCAUUGUAAGCACUUGUGAAUAGGAAAGUGUAAUUUAUUCUGAUCUUAACUGUGAAUAUAUUCAUAUGAACAAAGAAUAAACUUCACCAAAGCCUACCUUGACACGCAGUGGUUAGACAAGAAUAAGAAUUCCAAGCUCGGAUGCCUUUAACGUUUUCAUUUAUUGUCUGCACACAAGUGAAAAACACGACUUCUUUCCAUGAGUCACAUGAAAAUGUUGAUACAACUUUCAUAUCUGUCCACUGAAGGUCAUUAGCCGAUAGCAUGUUAGCACAAAUUCCACAGAGUUUGGAGUCCCACAAGGCGCGGAACUGGUGUGGUCCGGUUUUGUAGUGGCAUUUUGUCGUCCAAGUUCUGCCUACUCGGCUAGAUUCCUGGGAUCACGACUUUUCGAUAUCGUGUCAGGAUCGUGCUGCGGUGUUCUUGUUUACAGUUGUGUCAUUUUAAAAGUAUGAGUUCUGACACUAAGAUGAACUUUUGACUUCUAACCUGAACCUCUCCUUACACAUGCUUCCAAUCUCUUCUGAAUUGUUUACCAACAGCCUCAAGAGGUUAACAUAAUGUCCAUGAACAAGUCAGAGCCCACUGGUGGUGUUUUAUUUUGAAAGUUUACCAGAUUCUCUAUACAAGUACUACACAAGUUCCACUGAUCUGUUUGUGUUAAAUGUUUUCCUGCUUCAGUACACCUGCCUGAAAUUAAGGGAUCAUUGAGAGGCUUAUGCCUGGGUCAUACUUCUGCACUGAAGCUACAUGCGUAGGCUAUGCAUGGCGCUCACGCCGUCUUUGGCAUUUAUACUUCCGGGGGAAUAGUUUGGGUUGCGGUGUAAUUACACCACCAACUGCUAGGUGGCAGUGCAGGUUCUUUUUCUGCAGCACCGUAGCUAAUAAUGAUCCCUUUCCUAUUUUUUACUUCCUCAAUUGUAAUGAAUUUCCCUUUGGGAAUUUAUAAAGUAUUUUGAAUUGAAUUGGACUGAAUAUGUGGCUCAGACAAAGCAACGGCGCUAAUAAAGUAUGUUUUAUGCAAGUUCAAUCUAUUGUUCAAUGACUAUUACAUUCAGAGAGGUGCACAUCAGGCUACAACGUAGCCUUCGCCAUUGGGUUCACACCUACGUCGUAGCUACCGCAUAGCUUUGAAGAAAAAGUAGAAAUCUGGCUUAAUGCAGACCUUGAUGCCAAGCAAAUGAGAUGGUACAUUCAUUUAAACCAGAUAUGUUCGGCACGGGGAAAAACUUGAAACAUGCAAGGCAGGAUUAAAAAUCACUGCUCUGCACCGUUAUCAUAUCUGACUUCUAACUUGUUUAUGUUAUGUUUAUGUAAUAAUUGCUCGGGGGUCAUGUUCUGGGUCUCUGGAAAGCACCUAGAGACAACUUCUGUUGUAAUAGACGCUUUAUAAAUAAAAUUGAAAUUGAAACUAGCUUAAACUGCUAUGAGUGAACUGAUGUGGCUUACCUGCGGUCUGGAUGAAUAUCUUUAGCAGAGCGGAGUGGAUGGUCAUUUGUGGGACACUUCUAAAGCGCUCCACGGUGCCUUCUCUGAGUGCCUUCCCCUUGACCAGAAUCACCACAUUUCAAAGUGGCUUGCGCGGUGCUGCCGUUGCAGUUGCACAUCCUGCAGGACUUGAGAUUUACUACUAUAGAAACAGCUAGCAUUGGUUUAAUCGUAGGUCACAUAGCUGGCUUUAUCAGAUCUUCUUUUGUACUUAUUGGACUCUUCUUAUCCCCAUCAGAUACAAAAGAAAACUGUAAACUAACCUGUUGUUAAGAGUCUUAUGCAAAAUGCAAUCACCCCAGGAAAGGUUAUCUUGUUAAUCCAUCCCCCGAACUGCUGAAGCUCACCAGUUGUUCUGUUGAAACUAGUAUGUCUAUAAAACCACACCUGGUGUUCGCUUUGACAUGUGAUGUUGAUUUAAUCUUUCAACAGUAAUCUUUAGGGACACAAUCUCACUGCACAGCCAAGAGACAGAGAGGUUCCAGUUUCGUUGGGUGAGGAUUGCGUCUUUGCCUUUUUGAAGAUCAUUUAGUGUGAUUCCACUUCCACUGAGAAUAGAAGUCCUGUGUAAACUGAGGUUUGCACCUCAAAAUCUCAGGAAAUGGUCUUCUGUUGAAAGAAGUUGACUGCUCAAACUUUGUUAUGAAUGGAUUGUUCCCUCGAGUGGAGGAGCAUCUCAAGGUUGUUGACAUCUGGAGGUAGAUCAGAACACGUGACUGACAGGUAAAUUGAACCACUGUCUUCAGUGAUGUAUACGUUGUACUCUUCUGUCAUGAUGAAGAUUAUGCUCACGAUCUUAAGGCAGUAACUAAAAUAAAGAGCAAAUACAGGUACCGGUAACUGAAAUUAACGUCUUUCAAAGGGUGUUUGGGCUGACCUUUAGGGAUAGUGAGGAGUUAUCCGCUCAGAGUAAAAGGUACUGCUUUGUUCCAUCAAAAGGAGCACUUGAGAUGUUUUGGGCAUCUAGUAAAGAUGCCAAGGUAGUUUAAUGGGACCUAAACCUUUUAGUGUUCCUCAUCGUUGUUUAGGUACUUAAGCACAGUCUGAAAUACUGCUAGGUAGUGGGUGGUGUUGACCCAGUGCUGAAUAGGUAUGCUGUAGGCAGGAAAUAACAUUGCUCAGCCAUCGUGUCCUUCAAACUCGACGCUUCUCAUUCACUGCCAUCAUUGCAGGAUGUGCAAAUGGCAAAACUAAUGCAGCAGCCAUCUCAACUCCUUUAAUGUUGGUCUUGUCGUUAGAUUUUUCCUUGUUUUUUUUCCUUUUUUGGCAUCUUCUUUUUCGUUUAUAUACUGGCAGUUGUACUACACCCACUCCUUCCAUUCGGUGGAUCCUACUGGGCCCAUCACGGUAAUGGUGACAACGGAAGAAAGGACCGAGGACAUGGUUUUACCCGACCCCUGCUAGUGAAAAUCCACCUAAUUUCUCUUGGCUGACCUCUGAACGCAUUGGUACACACAAUAAAUAAGAGGAUGUGUUUGGAGCAGGAAAGUCUGGCAAUCUCUGCUAAUACGUAUUAGUUAAAUCAUCACUUUAUUUUUCAGUUACAUUUUGGUCUUCUUUUAAUCAGUUACAUUAGAAUGUAAUACUUCUCUUUGUUUCCAGUAAUCUGUGAAGCUUCAGCUAUCAACAUCUGUUCAAUUACCUGGAUUAUAAAUGGUAAUAGAAAUACUAUUACGUGCCUGUCCAGCUCAGCUCAUAAUUGCAUUAGUGAAGCCAUUUUAUUCUUCCCAUUUUAACGAAGCAGCAACAAACUAAAUAUGAGCCAUAUGAUACUUCUUUUUUUCACAGCCAAUCACAUCCUCAGCUUGGCCACAGUCACUCCCAUCUCGCGUUUGUUUCUCUUACGCCACAAGAACUUUAUUUCUGUACUGAACAGAUAUGAAAGUUGUGUUAAUCAUAUCAUCUAACUUAAAAAAAAGACUAUAUCUGAGUUAUUUCUCAAAAUAGCAAGUACAUUUGCAUUCUAAGUCCUCUGCAAACAUGGGUGUAAUUCUUUGUUUUGACCAACUGUUUUAUUUUAUUUGUUUCAGAUUUGCUUAUGAAGUGUUACACUUGUUUAAUGGGUUAUAUGGACUGAUGCCUUAAUGACAAGAUGUCAAUGCUGAUAUUUGACUUCCCAUCAUGUGUUGUAGGAAUAUAUUAUGGCCAUUUGUAGCCAUUUGGGUUCGUUUUGCAAUAAUUGUCCUAAAGGUGAAAAAGUGACAAGGAAAAAAAAAAAAAAAGCAUUUGACAGAAGCUUCCACGUGGCUUGGCCACCGACUUGCUUUACUAUGAUAAAAGCCAGUAUUUUACCUGCAUCCCUGUAUCCUACAGAAUCAUGAGCAAUAAAAAUAUCACAAGCAAAACUA